AUGGGGAAAAUGGCCUCUCUAGUUGUCACUCUUUUAGUGACAUACUUCCCUCCACACACUCCAGUGUACAAGUUGCCACCACCACCCAAGGAACCAUACUACCCUCCACACACCCCAACUUACAAGUCGCCACCUCCACCAACUCCUAUUUACAAGUCUCCACUGCCGCCAAUUCCGGUUUACAAUUCUCCACCACCACCGACGGAGCCAUACUACCCUCCACACACUCCAGUGUACAAGUCGCCACCACCUCCGACGCCAAUUUACAAGUCGCCACCACCACCCAAGGAGCCAUACUACCCUCCACACACCCCAACCUACAAGUCACCAUCUCCAUCAACUCCUUUUUACAAGUCUUCACCGCUGCCAACUUCGGUUUACAAUUCUCCACCCCCACCAAAUCGCCACCACCACCCGACACCAAUUUACAAGUCACCACCACCACCGAAGGAGCCAUACAACCUUUCACACACCCCAACCUACAAGUCUCCACCUCCACCAACUCCCAUUUACAAGUCGCCACCACCACCAAAUGAGCCAUACUACCCUCCACGCACUUCAGUUUACAAGUCGCCACCUCCACCGACUCCAGUUUAUAAGUCUCCACCUCCACCAACUCCUGUUUACAAGUCGCCACCACCACCUAAGGAGCCAUACUACCCUCCCCACACCCUAAUCUAUAAGUCACCACCUCCACCAACUCCAGUCUAUAAGUCACCACCACCACCCAAAGAGCCAUACUACCCUCCACACAGCCCAUCGCCACCUCCACCAACUCCCGAUUACAAGUCACCACCACCACCCAAGGAGCCAUACUAUUUUCCACAUACCCCAACCUACAAGUCACCACCUCCACCAACUCCAGUUUACAAGUCGCCACCACCACCCAAGGAUCUAUACUACCCUCCACACACCCCGACUUACAAGUCGCCACCACCACCCAAGGAGCCAUACUACCCUCCACAUACCCCAACCUACAAGUCGCCACCUCCACCAACUCCCGUUUACAACUUUCCACCGCCACCAACUCCAGUCUACAAGUCUCCACCACCACCCCAUUAUCUAUACACCUCUCCCCCUCCUCCCUACCAUUAUUAA